GCGCUGGGCAAAUGUUAACUAGAUCGACAGUAAAAAGUAUUUAUUUGCAUUGUAAUAGUUAUAUAUUACGUUUUACUAACGUUCAUCGAAUAAGGUUUGAAUGGUAAACCGACAAAUGGAUCUGAAAAAGACGAGGUCGGUAGGCCGACCGAAAAGAACCAAAAUUCUAAGUAAAGAACAGACGGUGGUAAACAUCGAUUGUAUUUGCCGGAUCUGUUUACGAACUGCCGUAGAACAAGACAUGAAUUCGUUAGACAGUCUACGAAAAGAAGAAACCAUUGCGAAUAUGAUAAUCGAUUGCGGAGGAGUACAGGUUUCUUCUGAUGAUGAAUUACCGAAAUCUGUAUGUUCGAUUUGUCUGGAACGACUUGAAGAUGCUUACAGUUUGCGGAAGAUGAUACGUUCGUCGGAAUCUUCGCUUCGAGAAAUGACCAGUAACGUAAAAAUUGAUUCUUCAGCACAACAGCACAGAGAUAACGGAAAGUCGAUAUUCAAAAAAUCGGAAAAAUAUAUCAAAUAUCCGACUGAGGAUCAGAUUGAAAGUAUUACGAAAUUUGAAAGCUAUACCGUGAUUCGUUUGAAAGGCGUUCGCUGUUGCGGUUGCCAAGCGAUACUUGAUUCAAAGGAGGAAUUGAGAGUUCACAGCAUAAAGUACCACUCCACCAACGCAGCCGUGAACAGCAGAGUUGCUUUUCAAUGCUCUACAUGCAAUGAACAAUUUCCGAACAGAAUGAAGUUAUUGAAUCAUACAAAGAAUUACGAUUCAAACGAAAUGUUCCAUUGCACGUUGUGUAAUGUUGUGUUUGACAUCAAAUAUCGACUCGAGCAACACCAGAACUUGAGUAAAGCGCACCGAAAUCCGCCGGAUCCGCUGGCAAUAAACGAUAUGGAAGAAGAAGCUGAGAAGGGCUCCUUCAUAAGGACUCGUACUUCGAUUCGAAAGCGAGCGACAAAGGAGUUGAAAUAUCCCAGCGAAGAGUUCAUUAUUGAUCUCGAUGAUUAUUCCGAUUAUCAGAUAGUAUACAUAAGGGGAGAAAGAUGUUGCGGAUGUGAUCAGCUAUUUCGUAAUUAUCAGGAGCUGGUAGAUCACUGUACAUUGCUACACCCAAGAAGCGAAGGAGAAGCUACAUUCGAAUGCACACUGUGUUCCGAGAAAUUCGAACAAGUACAAUCGUACAACCGACACAAUUCCGCUCGCACUCAAAAAGAACUCUAUUUUUGUAAACUGUGUGACUUGAUUGUUGAUGUGAGAUUUCGUUUCGAGCAGCACCUAAAGACCAGUGCAGCACAUCAGACUGCACUUGAAAAGUCCGAUAUCAAACCAUCGGUGCCUCUGGGAGAACGAACGUCAAGUGAAAAUCGUGCACUGGAAGCUUCUAUCCAGACGAUAGAAAUCAACGAUUUGCGGUGUUGCGGCUGUAAUUUUGUUUGCAACGAAAGAGCUGAGCUGGAGAAACAUUCCAAAGAAAAGCACGAUUCGGAACGAACGGUUGAUGAUAAAAGCAGAAUGGAAGAAUGUAACGUUUGCUUCAAGCGAUUCAGCUCACCCGAACUUCUCAUGUAUCAUCAUAAUGCUUCUCUAGAGAGUACAGUACACAAAUGCAAGCAUUGUGAAUUUCAGUCGGAAGUAAAAUCUCGUGUUAUGCAGCACGUUGCAAGCGGUGUCCAUAAAAACGCUGAAAAAGUGUUUAAAAUAGAUGAAAUAGAAAGAAAAAAUCAUGCGUGUUGUUUUGUUAAAUGCACUCUUGUGUUUAAGGAUUCGUCAAGCCUUCUGGAACACGUUAACCAGAAUCAUGCAUCGAAGCGACGGGAAAAUGCCGAGGAACGAGAAUAUGAUGACUACAUAUGCUACGUGUGCCACAAAAGUUUUCGUAACGAAAAAUCCCUGCAAAUACACCAAUUCCCGCGCAAAACUGAUGGGCAACAUGUUUGCAAAGAGUGCGGGGCUAGCUUUCACAACCUAUCAACCUUCAAUGCUCACGAGAAAAUGCAUUCCGGUACACGGGAAUUCCAAUGUGAUGUGUGUGAUAAAGCAUUCUACGACGAGAGGACACUGAGAAUACAUAAAGUUUGUCACAAUGAAGAGCGUCCGUAUGUCUGUGACGUAUGCUCGAAGUCUUUUCUAAGGAAGGGUAACUUAAAGGUUCACAAACGCUGCCAUUCCAAAGGUAUUUGGGAAUGUUCGUACUGUCAGGAAAAGUUCAAAACAAAUCAAUCGCUCGUUUUGCACAUCCGCUAUCAUACCGGUGAAAAGCCGUACCAGUGUCGUUAUUGCGAGAAUCGAUACAGUCACACUACCGAUCGCCAGCGUCACGAAAUGGCAGCCCACACGAAGGUACGGCCACAUAAGUGCUCCGAAUGUCCAGCAGCCUUCAUCCGGAAGCGACAGCUAACGAUUCACGAGCGGACUCACACCGGAGAACGACCGUUCGUUUGUCCGGUUUGUGACAAAGGAUUUAUUCAGAAUAACUUUUUGACGAAACAUCUGGCCAUGCAUGAGAAAACCGAAGAAACGAAGGAAACGGAAUACACGAUCGAGAUGUUGGACAUGGAAAACGAGGAAGAAUUCAUCGUAGGUGAUACGGUGGAUGUGUUCGAAGAGCAGGCAACGGACGACGACACACAGCUGGAUGAUGCGGAAUUGAUGGAAGUAGAAAACGAAGAAAUAGUAACAGGAGACCGUAUAUAAACACCUGUGGAGUUAAAUUGUGAGACGAACUCUCUUCGUUGUUGAUCCUUAAUUAUCAGGUCAAUUUAACGAACGAUGUAAAUUUAGUUUACCAUAGUCAUUUACGAUACUGAAUCGUAUUUUUGUUACAAACAUGAACAAAUAAAUUGAUUCUUUUUUAACAUAUUUUUUUUCUCAAACUUAUCACAAAAACACAUUUCAGCUGUUUUUCAAAGAAGGCCGAAUCUAACAAAAGUAAAUAAAUUUAGUUCCUCUUUCCUACGAAUAAAUACUUCAAAAACAUUGCCUAAAAAAUCGGAUUUUGCAAAAAUGCAACACAAAGAGCGUGUUCCCUGCCAACAAACAGGGCGAUACUCCAAUUGCUAGAAAUGAAGAGCGGAACUAUUUAAGAUGGUUUCCGAAUUUUUUACUACCGGAAAAAGUCAAUGAGGCAAUGAAAUUACCCGUUGAUUCAUCUUUGUCGCGAAAACCAGCCAAUUUCACGAAAAAUGCGCGAGGGCGUAACUUCAUUAUUCACACAGGGAGCAUAGAAGUGAACAAAUCGAGGAAGGGCGAAACUCUUAUUUUAAAAAAACCAACAGCUGAUCGAAUUAUCAGAGAUUGAUCUGAAAACAUAUGAUAGUUUCAAACUAGGAUUUGGAACCAACAUCGAAACACUCGUCGAUGUUUGUCUCCAUUUGCUGUUAAUGUUAGUUUCGCCCUCCAGUUCAUUUCCGAUGUGAUUGAAAAAUUCCAUUUGACAUAAAAUCAAGUGAGUUUGCACGUUAAGAUAAGUGUAAUACAGUGUGUUACAUAAGAGCGUAGUCACGAUUAAUUGCAUUGCGAUCAAUAAAAUGGAAUGGUGUGUUUUUAUUUUUAACAUAGAGGACAGUAGUGUACUUCAUGCAAAAAAAUCAUGCGAAAGUCGAAACAGUUUGUGAGUAAGUGGGUGAAUCGCCUGGAACACACACACUAACAAAUUGCUUCAAACUACCGUAAAACAUCUUGUGAAGGCCCACGUUUGGGGAUGUUUCUCAGAAAGAGGUUUGGGAAGUUGCACGUGUUCACGGACAAACACUAUGAAAAUGAACCUCAUUUACAAGAAAGCGUUUUUGCUGAGUGCUAAACAAUAGUACUAGAAGAAAAGUGACACGUCGAAGCAAGGCCUCUGUCGCUUGUGGAAGGAGCAAAAUUGUGUCGUGACAUUGGAUUGUGGCCCUCUCAGUCGCCCGAUGCCAAUCCAAUUGAGAACGCCUGGGCUCAAAUGAAGAUGAAGCUUGAGAAGAAUCGACCACACAAUUUGAAAAACCUAUCCGCUUCGGUAAGCCUGGGAAGAAAUCGGGCGAAAGAACCCAAGGACAUCGAUCGAAAUAUUCUGACAAUUGCCGUUUUGUCAAAAUUACCAACACAAUUGUUCCGUUCGCAGUAUGGCGCGCAGAAUCUUUUUGUUGGAAAGCAAAAUUUUACACAAGGAUGACUUUUAUCGUAUCAAAGAACGCUCACUGGCAACUCUUCACACGAUUGAAUCAGUGCCAUCAAAGAGAGACGGAUAUCAUCGCAACAACAAAAACCCGGCAUGGCUCAUUUAACAUAGAAUCGACUCAAGUGCGAGAGCGAAUUUCUCUCGAUGACAUUUCUGAGAAUCAAAGGUUAGCACGCUGCUGUGGGGAUCCUCUCGUUUCGC